AUGGCCCCCCCCCGUGCACCGCACGGGCGCCGAGGCUGGCCCGGCCGGCAGUCGGUCCUCUUGGCGGCCCUGGUCCUGCUCCAGCUGCUGGCGCUCUGCCAGCCGGAGUCGGGCACCGCCGCGGCGGCGGCCGGCUUGCGGGACCCGGCCCCCCUGUACCGGGCGCCGGUGCCCCUGUUCCCCGGGAUCCGGAGCCCGGACGAUGCCAUCGGCUUUUUCGGCAGGCAAGACACCUCGGGCUUGAGCUACCUGGCCGUCUUCCAGGCCGACGGCCAUGUGGCCAUCCACCAGCAGGCCGGCAUCCAGUACGCCAUCAACAGCCAGGCUCGGAGCGGGGCCUUUUUCUCGGCCACCCCGACCCUCGAGAUGGGCAAGGCCAUCACCCGGCCCGGGCCGUAUCGGCUGGUGCUGGCCGCGUCGGACAGCGGGCCGGCAUUCUUGGCCUUUGCCGCCACCUGGGCGGGCCUUUUCAAGGAUGGCGAGUGGCUCACCUUCGAUAUGACGGCCGGCCCGGUCGACGUGCUGGACUACCUGGCCCUCGCGCCGCUCCAGGUUCUGGUGGUAGUGCGUGCCACUGACUCCAACGCGCUGUACCUCCUCCAGCUGUCGGUCCAGCUGAUGGAGCGGAAGCUAGCGGUGCCCGGCUCGGUGACCGGCCCCAUCACCGCCCGGAUCAGCCGCAGGCCGGCCAUCCAGGUGGCCCUCCAAGACGGGGUGUACUUCUUCGAGCCCGGCGGCGCGGGCCCCCUGCAGCCUGUGGGCCAUCUUCCCCUGCCGGGCCAUGUGUCGGACUUGGCCGUUGUCAAGAUGCCCAACACGAACUACGACGGCCUGGUGCUGGUCCUGCAGCAGCAGCAGCAGCAGCAGCAGACCAUCCACAUAUGCCCGGAGAUCGACUUGGCCUGGAACUGCGCGGGGGGCCACCAGCUUGCCCCUCCCGGCGGGCCGAUGGCCGACCUCCGGCUAAGGCCGCCCCCGGGUGGGGAGCUGUUCGCGCACCCCCCGACGGACUGGCUGCUCGUCGGCGAUGCCGCAACCGGUGCCAUGUACCGGGUGUUCCUGGCCGCCAACGAGCCCGACCCCUGGCAAGCGGUCCUGCUGCCGCCCGGCCUCACCGCGCCCGAGGCCCUGCAGGUCAUGUACCUUGCCAUGGCCGGCGGGUCGGCCGCCCCGCAGGAGGCGCUGACCGACCGGCAGACGGCCUACUUCCACUACCAGGCCUUCUGCCAGGGCGACUCCACGGUUUCCUGCGACAGCCCGGACUUCUGGCACCUUGCCUCCGAUGACGGGUACACAUGCUCCCCCGGGCGUGCCCUCUCGCCGCUGAACAUGCCCGCGUCCCUGUGCGGGGCCUGCGCCGCUGGCUUCUUCAUGCCGAGCCAUGCGACCGGCUCCUGCAGCCCCUGCUCGUCGGCCAUGUGCGAGGUGUGCUCCCUGGCCGGGGAUUGCCUCGUUUGCCAGGCGCCCCGGCUGCUGCAGAUGGUCCCGGCCUCCGGGAAGGAUGCCUGCGUGGUGGCGUGCAGCCCGGGCUUCGUGCCGGACGCCGGGGGGACUCGCUGUGUGCCGCCGGCGGCCAUGGCGCAGGCCAGCCCGUCGGCGCCCCAGCCACUGGCCCACGCCCAAGCUCCGGCGCUGGUGGUCUUCCGGUCGUACGUCCACGUGGAAAAUGGCCAAUGCCGCCUGUACGCGGCCGACACGCCGGUCUCCCAGCUGGCGGGCAACCUCCUGGCCCUGAGUGGGAGUGACUCACCGCCGGAGUGGAUCCGGCCAAAUCCGGCCCCCCCCGGCGGGGUCCUCACCACUGCCCUGCCCUGUCCAGCGGCCGGGACCCUGUCCGAGGCCUUCUUCGCGGCGGUAGAGCUGCCGCCGGCUCUGGAUGCAAAUGGCAGGAUGGUUUCCCGGGUGGUGGCCUGUCAGGAGAAUGGGUCUCUCUAUGUCAGGCAGAUGGCCUGCGCCGCCGCGGAUAGCAGCAACACCCUCCCCUGCACCUUGGUGGAGUCCCUGCCCUCGAAUCACCACUCGGGCUUCGGUCAGUGUGCCUCCCUGCGGCAGGUGUCGGCCCGCCGGGUGUCCAUGCUGACAGCCGCCGGCCAGCUGCGGCUCCUGACCAUCGACCCCCAAACCGGCACCAGCCACCUGCAAAGCCUGGCUCCCGUCUCCUGGCAUCCGGUCCUGCUGCCGGGCAUGCGGGCCACCCAGUCCACCGACGAGUGGCUGCUGAUGCACCUGGCCGACAGCCGGUCGGUCGUCCUGCAGCCGCUGGACCUGCUGCUGGGCAGCGACCCGCGGACCCAGGUUGCCCGGCGCCUGCUGGCGCUCCGGGCCCCGGACCCCAUGCAGCCCGACCCGCGGCACCUGGAGCCGGUGCUUCUGCCGGGCAUCCGGCCCGGCGCCCCGACCGGGGAGCUUUUCCUGUCCGGGGCCCAGCCCGGCCCCGGGGGCCUGGCCAGGUGGGUGGUCGGGCAUCUGCCCUUCGGCGGGCUCCCCCAUGGCCGGAGUGCCGACCUGCCGCUGGCAAUCCAUGUGCUGGGCCACCUGGACCCGGGCUCGGCCAAUGUGCUGCCCGCCUUCCGGACCUUCGCCCUGCCGGUCCCCUGGUCGGCAGACGUGCCCGGGCUGCUGGUUCUCCUGACGCCGGAGCUUGUGGGCGUGGCGCUGGUCCACUGUGGCCGGCCUCCGGGGCGCACCUGCUGGCCGCAGCCGGCUCGCUUCAUCGGCCUGGACCCGCCGCUGGCCAGCCUGGACCGUGUGUCGGUGGGGGCCCUGCCGCUGGCGGCCUCCCCGGGGGCGGCUCCCCCCGGCGGCGUGCUCAUCCUGGUCCCCGGCAUGCAGGGCUCCCAGCCGGGGCCCGGCUGGACCAUCCGCCUGGCGCCGGUGGCCUGCCCCCCGGGGACCUAUGGGCCGGAGUGCCGGCAAUGCGACCAGGCGUGCAUCACCUGCCUCGGCCCCGGGGCCGACAUGUGCACCGAGUGCCGGUACUGGCUCGCGGGCCAGGAGGCCCACUGCCUGGACCGGUGCGACGGCCCGGUGGCGUCGGCCCCCGGGCCCGGCGAGUGUGCCUGCCAGCAGCCCUGCACCCAGUGCCAGGUGGCUCCCGAGGGGCUUGGCUAUCGGCCGGUGUGCGCGAUGUGUGCCCCCGGCUGGGCCCUCCCCCAGCCGGCCACCCCCUCGGCCGGCGGCUGCGGCCAGUGUCACGCCUCGUGCGCCACCUGCUCCCUCCCUGCGGACCCGCUCCAGUGUGCCGCCUGCCUUCCGGGGGCCUUCCUGCUCGAGGGGGUCUGCCUGGGGGCCUGCCCGGAGGGCUUCUUCCCGGAUGCGUCGGCCACCUGCCGGGCUUGCCCGGCCGGCUGCUUGCAUUGCACUCUCCCGGACAGCUGCAGCACAUGUGCCCCGAAGCACUUUUGGGGGGGGCCCGCCGUCGGGUGUGCCCGGUGCGAUGCGUCCUGCGCCACGUGCGACAAUGCCUCCAGCUGUGGCUCCUGCAUGGCGGGCCUGGUGUUCCUGGACCCCCAGGCGCCCUCGCUGUGCGGCAGCACCUGCGCCCCGGGCGAGUAUGUCGGCGCUGGCCGGUGUGCCGCGUGCGAUGUGAGCUGUGCCCUGUGCGACCAGGCGGCCGACCGGUGCCAGGUGUGUGCGGCCGGCUUCCGCUGGUCCGGCCCCGCGCCGGCGGCCGGCGCCACUGGCACAUGCGUCCCCUGUGAGCUGGGGUGCGCCUCCUGCAGGGCGAGCGGCUGCCUGGUGUGCGGGGCCGGCCUCGUGCUGGACCCCAACGGGCAGUGUGUCGCCGACUGCCCGGCCGGGAUGUUCAGCAACGGCGAGUCGUGCCAGCCGUGCGACGUCAGCUGUCGGACGUGUGCCGGCGACGGGGCCGACCAGUGCACCGGCUGCGACGCGGGGCUGGAGCUUGUCGAGGCGGCCCCCGGCGUGGGGACCUGCGUGUCCGGCUGCCUGGACAGCGAGUAUCGUGCGGGUGUUGAUUGCCUGCCUUGUGACGGUGCUUGUGCCACGUGCAACGGCCCUUCGGACAAGGACUGCUGGCGGUGCGCCGGGGCCGUGCUGCAGGGCGACGACUGCGUGCAGGCCUGCGCGGCCGGGCAUGUGGCCGUGGCCGACCGGUGCCUGGCCUGCCACCCCUCGUGCUCCGAGUGCGCCGGGGUCCGGAGCACCGAGUGCACCGGCUGCCCGGGGGAUCUGUAUCCUCUGCCGGCCGAGCAGUGGCCCUCGCGCUGCGCCGGGGCCUGCCCGGUGGGGUACCACACCUCGGCCAGCGGCUGCCGCCAGUGCACGGAGCACUGCUCCAGCUGCCCGCACAACGCAACCACCUGCGCCCUGUGCGAGCGCGGGUGGCUGCUGGCCGGCCCGGCCUGCGUGAGCUCCUGCCCGGCGGGCUCCCUGGCCACGGGCGGGGUGUGCACCACCUGCCACGAGUCCUGCGGGACCUGCUACGGCCCGGAGCCGGAGCACUGCCUCACCUGCGAUGGGAACUCCCCACUUCUGGUGGACGGCCGCUGCCUGGCCACCUGCCCGGCCGGCACCUUCCACAGCGGCGAAACAUGUCUGCCAUGCAGUCCGACCUGCGGCGCCUGCUCCGGGCCCGGGGCCGCCGAGUGCACGGCCUGCCCGGCGGACCGGGUCAUGCAUGGCAACGCAUGCCUGACCAGCUGCCCAGCCGGGUAUUUUGCCGAGGCCGACCGGACAUGUCGCGCCUGCCAUGGGUCCUGCCUGGCCUGCGCCGGGGCGGCCGCCGACCAGUGCACCGACUGCCCGGAGACGUGGCUUUUGCAGCAGGGCGAGUGUGUGAAAAGCUGCCUCGGCGCGGCGUUUGCAUGCAGCGCAUCGCGAGCAUGCGAGGCUUGUCCAAGCAGGUGCGCCCGAUGCAUCGCCACCGCGGCUGGCGCCUCUGCAUGCACUCCCUCCUGCCAGCUGUGCGAGGGCGGCUUCGUCCUGUCCCCGUCGACCGGGGCAUGUGCUGCCAGCUGCCCGGCCGGCGAGUACAGCACGGGCUCCGGCACCUGCGCCCCAUGCGGCCCCUCCUGCCGGGCAUGCUUCGGCGCGGCCGAGCACUGCACCUCGUGCAUGGACCCGGAUGCCUGGCUGCAUGCGGGCGAUGGGGUAUGCCUGAGCGCCUGUCCGGCCGGCGGGCUGGCCGCGGUCGAGUUCCCGGCCGCGGCGCCCCCCCUGCCAGGGCGGGUGUGCCUCGCUUGUCCGGCCGGCUGCGAGCGGUGCGCCGCCGGGCCAGGCACCCCGGCGUGUGCCUUCGGCCCGGACGGGGAGCUGGUCUGCCCGGAGGCCGACCGCUGCGACCGGUGCAUCUCCUCGCACCUGCUGAGCGGUGGCUCGUGUGUGGCCAGCUGCCCGGGCGGGACGUUCGUGGAUCGCGACGCGCCGGCGCCGGCCUGCGCGCCCUGCCACGCCAACUGCAAGACGUGCACCGGGCCCGGGGAGGAGGAGUGCACUAGCAGCACGUCUGCCGGUCGCCGCCUCGCCCUCGGCCUGGGCAUCGGCCUGGGGCUGCUGCUCCUGCUCCUGCUCCUGCUGCUGGUGCUGUUCCUGCUGCUGCGGCUGCGCCGCCAGCGCGGCGCCCCGACCAAGACCGACGAUGACGAGGACGCCACCGUGAUGAACACCAUGCUGGAGCUGUCGCUCCCCGGCAGCAUCUUGGUGAGCAUCGCCAGCGACUUCGCCCCGCUGAACGAGGAGCAGCUGGGCGCCGGGACCCAGGCGUCGGUCUACGCGGCGCGCGCCGUCGGGGCCGGCAUCUCCGACCGGCUGGGCUGCCCGGGCACCGUGGCCAUCAAGCAGCUGAAGGCCGAGCGCAUGAACCCCACCCAGGUGACCCUCUUCCAGAACGAGGUGGCCCUGAUGUGGCUGCUGCGCGACGCGCCGAACAUCGUCCGGCUGUACGGCUACAGCGACCAGCCGCCGGCCCUGGUGAUGGAGCGCUUUGACACGGACCUGGCCACGCUGCUGCACUCGGACGUUCCCCUGGACCAGGGCGCCAUCCUGGACAUCUGCCAGCAGUGGGCCUCCGGGCUGGAGGCCAUGCACGCGCAGGGCAUCGCCCACCGGGACCUGAAGCCGGGCAACGUGUUUGCCAGCCAGCGCCCGGACGGCGGCUGGCGCGCGGCCCUCGGCGACCUGGGCACCAGCCGGAACCUGAACGCCGACCGGUCGUCCACCCUGGUGAGCCAGGCGCCGGAGCUGAACGCCAUGACGGCGCGGUACGCGGCGCCCGAGGCGCUGGCCGCCUUCCACCGGAAGCGCCCGCUGGACCCGGAACUCCUGCUCCCGGGGGACAUCUACAGCGCGGCCGUCAUGCUGUGGGAGUGCCUCACGCGCACGGUCCCCUGGCAGGGGAGGACCUUCGAGCAGAUCAGCUCCGGCGUGCUGGCCGGGGUCCGUCCCCCGGCGGACGGCCUCCACGGGCCGCUGGCGGACCUGCUCCACAUGGCCUGGGACUCGAAUGGCCACACCCGGCCCUUGGCCGCCUCCCUUCGCCAGCAGGUGGCCACACAGGUGGCCUUUCUGAACUGA